AUGUCGCGCGCGUCCGCGUCGCUCGCGCGCGCCCGUGAUUCGUUCGACGCGCGCGGGCAUCGCGACGUCCGUCGUCGUCUUCGCGCGCGCGCGUCGCGCGAGAGCGACGACGCGGCGGCGCGGACGUCGGUGCGCGUGAACAUCGAGAAACCGAUGGGGAUGACGCUCGAGCCGGGAUCGAUGGAGCGCGGGACGUUCGUCGCGGGCGUGGGCGCUGGGUCGAACGCGGACGCGGCGGGCGUGAAGGCGGGGGACGUGUUCGUGCGAGUGCACGGGAAGGACGCGCGAGGGAUGGCGUUCGAUGAUUUAUUGGAUGCGAUCGGGAGCGUCGAGGGGGCGGUGGAGGUGGAGCUCGCGCGAUUCCCUGGUGGACGCGAACAGACGACUCCGCGCGACCGGGCGUGGUUGGAGGCGAACUCGACGCGCGAGGACGUCGUGACGCUCCCAUCCGGUUUGCAGUACCGUGUGAUCGAGAGUGGGACUGGACGAGCGGGAAUUAAGAUGGAGACCGCGUGCGAGUGUCACUACGCCGGGACGUUGAUUGACGGCACCGAGUUCGAUUCGAGUUAUCGAAGAGGCAAACCUCUGACGUUUGCGCCGAGGCAAGUCAUAAAGGCGUGGCAGGAGGCUAUGCGACGGAUGCGCGAGGGAGACAAGUGGGAGAUAUUUUGCCCGUCCGAGCUCGCGUACGGUGCUCGAGGUUCGGGGCGCUUCAUCAAGCCGGGCGACGCGCUCGUGUUCACGAUGUCGAUCGAGCGCGUGCUCGGUUAA